CGGCCACCUUAGUCCUCCCCAUCGCGGCUCCGGCCCCGGCCCCGGCCCGCCGCGGCUCCUCAGGGGCUGCCCGACCUCGGGGGCUGCCCGGCCUUGGGGGGGCUGCCCAGCCUCGGCGGCUCCGCCAGCCGCGUCCGCCGGCCGGGCCAGGCCGCUGCCAUGUUCACCAGCACCGGCUCCAACGGGUUCUAUAAAGCGCCUUUGUCGAAGAGUUUGUUACUAGUCCUAAGUGCCAUCUCGAUUCUAUUGACUCUGCUCUUUCAACAUUAUCAGAAGUUCUUUGUGUAUAACCUACAAGCUAUAAAAGAGGAUUUUCAGAUUUGGAGACUUGUAUGUGGAAGAACAGUAUGUCUUGAUUUGAAAGACACAUUCUGUAGCAGUCUGCUCAUUUACAACUUUAGAAUAUUUGAAAGAAGAUAUGGCAGCAGAAAAUUUUCAUCUUUUUUACUGGGUGCUUGGAUGCUCUCAGCUUUAUUUGAUCUUCUCCUUGUAGAAAUCGCUCAGUAUAUAUUUGGCAUCACCAUCAACAGCUUGCCUUCUGGUUUCUUGAGUCCUGUGUUUGCACUGUUUGUUCCAUUUUAUUCCUCCAUUCCAAGAGUGCAGGUGACACAAGUAUUAGGCCACUUUUCUAUCACAAACAAAUCUCUGGUCUACAUACUGGGUUUACAGCUCUUAACCUCUGGUUCCUACAUCUGGAUUUUAGCCUUAAGUGGAUUGAUUUCUGGGAUUUGCUACAAUAGCAGUAUAUUAAAAGUUCAUCGAAUUCUUUGUGUACCCAGAUGGGUAGCAAAGAUAUUUUCUUGGACUCUUGAACCAGUCUUCUCAUCUGCGGAACCAACAAAUGAAGUUCGAGUGGGAAUGGGAGCAACAGUUGACAUCCAGAGGCAGCAGAGAAUGGAGUUACUGGAUCGUCAAAUCAUGAUGUCUCAGGUUGCCCAAAUGAGGCGGCAAAGACAGCAGCAGGGUGGGAUGAUUAACUGGAACAGACUGUUUCCUCCUUUACGUCACAGACAUAACGCAAAUUAUCAAGAUCAUCACCCGUCUGAACAAGGCAUACCUCCACCUACUGAGGUUUCUGAAGAGCAGGUUGCACGGCUUAUGGAGAUGGGAUUUUCCAGAGGAGAUGCCCUAGAAGCUCUGAGGGCUUCAAAUAAUGACUUAAAUGUAGCCACUAAUUUUCUACUGCAGCACUGAUGGUUUUCUGUGUGAAGGAACUUCACUCGAUGAGUUUGUACAUGCCUGGAAGAGGAUCAAAGCCACCUGCUGGGCAGAGUCACCAAGGUCGGCCCCACGGGGGCGUCGGGAGAGAGAAACUGGCUCCGCGUGACUGGUGACUCAAAGUGAUGUUAAGAAAUGAUGUGAACUGUUCCCAAGCCUUCAGAUCACUUGAUGAUUUCUAGUCUGGUUAUCCUUUUAAAAGUAACUUUAGUUUCUACUUGUUACUGGAUAUCACCUAAAUUUAUUUUUAAAAUAAAAUAGGUGGGUUUUUUCUUGUAAAUCCUUGUUAGACAUGUUAUCAGACUUAAUGACUGGGAAAAGAGGCGCCAGCAACUACAACAACUAGAUUUAUCUAUCAAGAAAAAUCGUAUUUUCUUCACUUACAAGUCUAAUUUCUCUAGCUUACAUGUUAUUUUACAGUACUUGAUUUUUUAUUACAGUAAUAAGAGGUUUGAAGGUCACUUCACUUUCAACUCAGUAAAGGGUUAUGGGACUAUUAUGUCAUUCUUUACAAAGUUUUAUUAAUACCUGUAAUAUUUCAUUUCUCAAAUUUCUUUUUAAAUAAAAGUUGUCAUUCAGCACAUAAUACACAGAUAGGAUGAGAGAAAAUUCAUGUGUGUAUGGCAAGGUAUGGUAAGUGACCACUGUAAAUUUGAAUCUUUACAAACUGAGUGAAUUGCUGUUCAGAUACGGGUCAUGAAGAUACUCACUGGAAGCAAUAAAGGUGAAUCGAAUGAUGCAAUAAGAUCAGAACUGGAAUGACUUGAAUGACUUCCAUGGCUAAUUCAGAGAGGAAUUCUGUAACAAUGGAUGUAUGCUCUGUCCUACGUGCUGCUUUCUUUUUUUGUCAGCUGGCUGUGUACUAUCUUAAAAGACAGUGAUAAAAAGCUAAGUUUUAUAUAUAUAGUUCUAGUUUUCUGGUGCCAGAGAUGAGGAUAACCCUUGCAUUUGCUGAAUCCUCACUGUCUGGAGGAACUUAGUGUUGACCAGAGGCUGGAAUAUUAACCCCAGGGGUGAUUCAGGUUGGUACAGGAGGUAACAGGACAGUAAUGCCAAGUUCAUUCAAUACUGGGUUUGAAGUUUAGAUUGAUAAAUCAGCUUACUUGGCUUGUCUCUUGGAAGUGCUCAGUAUUAGCACCUUAGGAGUUGCAGGAGGUGGCGUGGAGAGGAGGGAACAUCUCUAUAAAGCCAAGCUGAAAGAAUACAAGGUUCCAAACUGCAACUCCAUGAAACCAAUCUACACCUGUAUCUUAAGCAUUUAACAUAUGUUUCUGUGUGUACUUGUGUUUGUAUAGCAUGUGUAUAUGUGUCCAUUUUUAUACACACAGGCAUAUUUAAUACAUACAUACAUACGUUUAGAAUAAGAUAUAGGUCAUAAAAAAGUAGAAAAGGCAAUAGCAGGUGCAAAGGGGAGGAGGUGAAAGAAUAUGGGAAAGAGAAGGAUGUUUGGAAAUCCAAAUGAACAUGUGUGUACCAAAGUACAGAUCUACAUGGUCUUGCUUGGCCUGGAAAACGUACAGGACAAGAUUUAGGGGGAGAGAGAGAGAGAUUUCUUUUCCUUUUUUAAUUAAAUGAUAAAACUGAAAGAAGUCUUUCAGGCACACAAGUCCUUAUCCAGAAAUUGCGUCAAAUUUUUGCAGCUUUCAGCACAGUGCCUGUAUGUAAUUUUUGGUAUUUUCCAGUGCAUGAAGUAAGGGUUUUUUGGAAUGACUGUGUGUUUUCCUGGGCUUUGAUCAAUGUCCUUCAGGGUUUGGUUUGUUGCUCUGAUCAUAUUAUUUAGGCAGGGUCUGGUUUUUAAAUGAGAGGUUUUGUUUGCGUGAAGCUGAGGCUUUGUAUGUUUAUAGGCCAUGGGCAUUUCUGUACCUAGAGAACUCGGGAAACUUUCUGUCUUAGAAAGGAAAAGACACAUGUAACAAAAAUAAUCGCUGUGAUAAUUUGUAUAUGUAGACUAGUUAAAUGUUUUGAAACAAGUACAGGUUUUAAUUUUGAAACAUACAGAUUCUUCCUUCACAAAUAUUUUAUCAAAAAAUAGCAAUGAAGAUUAAUGAAUUACUUCAGAAAUCAAAUUUUGUCUGUAGGAAAAAAGUCCACCUAGCCCGGGAUAAAUUAAAUAUGACCUGUUCCCUUUCAGACAUUGCCCUGUUCUAGGGACAAGCACAAAGAGCAUUUAUUCCUUGGAAUUUUAAAACAAUUUGUAGUGGCACCUGGGGUAUGUAAGUGGAUAUUCUCCAAGUCUAAAUCCUUUCUACUGUUGCCUGUACAGGGGAUAUCCAAAUGUCACAGUUGUGUGGAAAAUUUGGCUGGGCAUUUUGCAAAACGUGGUCAAACAUAAGGGGUAGAAUGCAGGUCUUGGUGAUGUCAGUUCAAAACUCCCCUUGACCUCUGUGAGAAAAGGUUGUAGUCAAAAUACUUCCAGGGUUGUGAUUUCCAAUUAAAACAAAAAAAAGAAGUGGUAAAAGAAGGGUCUCAGAUGCUGUUGAACACAGUUCCUGUUUCGUGCAAGAACCGUAGAAGAGAGAUGCACACAUGAGAGCCGGAAAAAAACUUGGUUUCCACUUGAUGGUGAAACUUUCAUGAACCAUUUCUGGGAAUGCGAGGAGCAUGUUUUCCCCAGCCUACGUAGUGUUUGUCUGGCACAGUUUUGAAUAUCUCAUAGCAUAGUUUCUAUUUUGUGUGUGACACAAGCAGUAUUUUUUGGCAGCGAGAGAAGACAGAAUACCUUUCUAUGGAGAGGUUUUUAAGUACAUGGGAAAUUCACACUGGUUUUAGUAAAGCCAAGAUUUGGUAUUUUGAAAUAAAAGUAGUUGCUGCUGUUAAAAUUCCUCUACUAGACUGGGAAUGUCUUUUGAGACAUCAUUGGAGUAAUUUACUGGGGACUUUCCUGGACAGUUAUGUAAUACUUCGAAAUACACCCACAGUGAGCCUGGUGUUUGUGGAAAUCUGCCUGAUAAGCCACCAGGUUCGGGUUCUCAAGCCUCAACUUCUUGCUAAGAUGUAGGUUGAUUUGGCUCCAUACCUACCGAACCAUUUUCCUCCCUCAAAACAAGCAUUAAAGGUCGCCUGUAACUUAGCGAGCACAGGGACUGUUGCAGCUGGUUCAUGCACAGCCUGUGCUGUCUAGCGCUUACCAGUGCCUUCUUGAACGUGUGGUGGAGAAAAGGUCUCAUUAUUUUUGUCUGAAACAGAAGAACAAGCCAGAAAAACAUAUUGCAAUGUACUGGGCAAAGGGCAGUGUUUCUGGCUCUCAUGUUUGUAUGUGUAUAUAUAUAUGAUUACAUAUAUGCAUAUAUAUGUGUGUAUGCAUAUGUAUAUAUACAGAGAACAAGUGAGAAAUAUUUAUGUACUGGUUUGAUGAAUUUAACUAAGAGUUAAGAGUUUGUUGAAGAAAAUUAAAAGUCUGUAUUCAAAGA